GAAGUCCAUCAUCCAGGGAACACAUCUGUGAAGACCUUCCUCUGGUUGGUGACUCUCCGCAGCAACACAGGAUAGCACAUUCCGCUGAAGGAAGAGAGCAAGAUGAAUGCAGAGCCUGAGAGGAAAUUUGGCGUGGUUGUGGUUGGUGUUGGCAGAGCCGGCUCCGUGCGGAUGAGGGACUUGCGGAAUCCACAUGCUUCCUCAGCAUUCCUGAACCUGAUUGGCUUCGUGUCCAGUAGACGAGACCUUGGGAGCAUUGAUGAGGUACAGCAGAUUUCUUUGGAAGAUGCUCUUUCUAGCCGAGAGGUUGAGGUCGCCUAUGUCUGCAGUGAAAGCUCCAGCCAUGAAGACUAUGUCAGGCAGUUCCUUAAUGCUGGCAAGCAUGUGCUUGUGGAAUACCCCAUGACGCUGUCUUCCGCAGCAGCUCAGGAACUGUGGGAACUGGCCGAGCAGAAAGGUGACGUAUGCUCUGUCUGGAAUGUGGCUGCUCUCACUAAGGGUUUCUGCCUCCAGUAUUUCUAUG